AUGGAGAACACAACAAUAAGUCCGAGUAUAAAGCGCACGCGGAACAAUGUCAAGCAGUCAAAGUUUGGCUGCCUGACCUGCAAGAAACGUAGAGUUAAAUGCGAUGAGACAAAGCCAUCGUGUCGACGUUGCUUAUUCUCCAAAGUCUCAUGUCUUGGCUAUCCAAUUGGCGCACCUCCAGGUCCUUCUUUGAAAGCUGCAGAAGCAGCGCUUUUAUCUACCCGCAGUCCCCCGCGCAGCCCGACCUCUUCUCUAGAUCGCUAUGUCUAUCUUACCUGCACAGUCCUCAGCCAAGGACCACGUCGUGCCAAGAGUCAAUCUGAAAUUUCAUUCUGGAGUUAUGCUGUUCCUCAGAUGAUUCACUCAAUCCCAGCGGUGCAAGCUGCUGCUGCUGCAUUCGGCGCUUCGUACGACGAGCAUAUGCUUAGAUCUCGGGAGGGACUGGCAACGACACGACAUUAUCAUCAGGCGCUGAGGCUAGUCCAAAAUGAAGUUUCAGACCUUCGGAACGGUGCUUUGCCCUGUGUGGUCGCAUGCCUGCUUAUGGCUUUCACUGAGACUCUGCAGCAGCGCAGUGACAGGGGAUACAUGCACCUCCAAGGCGCUUUGGCAGUGAUGGCCGCACGCGAGAACAGUAGCCCGAAGUCUCCGAUUGAUGGCGAUGGGUUGCCAACUUUAUUUGAGAAGCUCAAUCUCCAUUCGGUGACAUACGCUACCAGUCUUGACAUCCCAUUGACUGGAGAGUCGAACGAACCAAGCUCAACCUUAAUGUUUCCAGAUCGAGCAUUGUACUCCAUACUACACGCCAGCUAUCGUUUCAUCUCGUCAGCAUUUUCUUACAAAUACGCGCACCCUGGUCAAAUACCCUCCAACCUGUUAAUUGAGCAGGGGAGAUGUCGCGGGAACCUGCAAUAUUGGUUAUCAUCCAACCAACUCAAUCCACAGCAAAGGAUCUCUGAUCCCCAGAACGAACAACUACUUGUGCUUCGGAUGCAGUGUUACACCGCAUUGAUAUACGUCUCCAAUGCUCUUCAACCUUUCGAAACAGCAUAUGACAACUACGCUCUCGAAUUCCAAGAGAUUAUCGCAUCAGCCAAAGCAGUUUUCGACAUCCGAUCUGGCGACAAGUCAUCAAAUUCCUUUCCGUUGUUUACACCAGAGAUGGGCAUCAUUCAGCCUCUCUUCUUCGCGACUCUGAAGUACAGAAACUCCUUCUGGCGCAAACAAGCUCUCAACCUUCUCCGAAAGAGCGGCCGGGAAGGUCCAUGGUGCGGCGCUAUCGAGGCUCAGAUCUUGGACGUUGUCAUUGCAGCUGAAGAGAACACAUUGAACAAGCUCUCCUCUAACUUCGACGAGCCGCAGCCAAGUAUGCCCUCUACGGACGUUCCUGAGCAUCAGAGAGUUCAUCUAUGUCUAGUACAAGAUUACUUGGAUCGGCGAUACGAAAGCAUCACUCUCGAUAAAGGCGCCGGAAGUCCAGCUCGCUUCGCGAAAGUCCAAUUAUGCAAAUGUCGAGAUUUAGAAGGCAUGCUGAGUGAUGAGACUAGAGGCCCAAGGAAGGACUUUUGGGCGGAUGAGAGAUUUUGGGAUACAUGGUACAAGAACGUGCCUCUGCCAGAAUAGACCUGUUUGAGAAACAUGAUGAAUUACAGGCCAGCAUGAAACCGUAAGCUAAUCUCGGUCUUGGGGGCUGUGCCAUUGGUUGUCAAUCUGGAUUACAUCCCUGCACAAAAAGGCACGCUAGAUCCUUCGAAAG